AGGAGGAGGAGUGGCACAGGUACACUGGUUAUUCUCGCUGGGUUUGAAGAGGGUGGAGAUGAAGGGGAGAAACCUUGAGGACAGCAUGGCAACACAAGCUUUAUAAAGACAGGAGUCACACCCAGCCUGCGGCCUCAGUUCAGCUCUCCUCCCAGACAGCAGCAGCAGCAGCAGCAGCACUCUGCGGUAGUCAUGCUCAGCCUCAUCAGAUUACCACGAGUCUUCACCAUCAAUCAAGUGCCCAAAGUUUUCCAUGAGGACAGCAUCAUCUCCGGCUACAGACACCCCCGCAGUUCAGCCACUGACUGCAUCCUGAGCCUCUUCCAGCUGACCAAUGAGACGCUCAACAUCUGGACCCACUUUCUGCCCACCUGGUACUUUCUUUGGAAACUAGUGACGGUGGUGCUGAUUCAGACAGCAUGGCAGGACUCCUUUACCUGGCCUUUGGUGAUCUUCUUGGUCUCCUGCUGCAUUUACCCGCUGGCGUCGAGCUGCGCUCACACCUUCAGCAGCAUGUCGGCACGGGCACGCCACAUCUGCUUCUUCUUUGACUAUGGCGCCCUCAGUUUCUACAGCCUGGGGUCAGCAAUCAGCUAUUCAGCUUAUGUUUUCCCGGACAAGUGGGUGAACAGCUUCUUUCACCAGUGGUACAUCCCCAUCGCUGUGUUCAACACUGUCAUCUGCACCGCUGUUGCCUGCUACUCCAGGCUUGGCUUACCAUUUCUGCAAUAUAAUCAUGACAUCGUAAAGAGAUUCCCUGAAUGCCAGAGUCCAAAGUUCAGCAAAUAUCUCCGUGUUGUUGCCUUUGCCUACCCGUACCUGUUCGUCAACAUUCCUUUGUUCUACAGGGUGUUUCUGUGUGUAGGGGAAGGCUGCACAGACAAUGAUACCAACAUCCUCCACUAUAACCACAUCGCCUUGGCUUUCCUCACAGGAUUUCUGUUUGCCACACAUCUACCCGAGCGCCUGGCACCGGGCAGCUUCGACUACAUAGGUCACAGCCAUCAACUCUUCCACGUGUGCGGCAUCCUCGGCACACACUUCCAGAUGAAGGCCAUCGAACAGGACAUGUUGACCCGGCGCCCCUGGCUCCUCGAACGCUCCAUAUCCGUCACCUUUUCCAACUCAGUGGGUGCAGCGUUGUUUUGCAUUGUGGUGAAUUUGACCAUCAUCAUCCUCUACAGUCUACCUCUCCUCUCUGCUCCGGUGUGCCAAGAAAACACACAUGGUAAAGGUUCAAAGAAAGCCUCAGCGAAGGUCUGCCCAUGCUACUAAAUCUCACGGCUGAAGGAUCCCAGCUGGUGAAAAGAGUGCAUUAUGUGUGAUGUAGAAACAUUGUAAAGAACACUCAAACUAUGGGGAGCUGACGUUAUGUUGAAGUGAAUCAUAACUUGCAAUCUGCACUAUACUCAUGGUGGUAUACGGCCCUCAGACGUCACUGCGAUGGCGGCUGUUGACGUGUGGGUAAACUGAAAAUAAGAGCAAGAGUUGCACAAACAUAUGAAUGGAAAAUUAACAAAAAGUUUGUUACCAUAAUAUGUAAUUUAUCUAAAUGUUUCCGAGGAAACUUGUUCCUGCGAAAAAACUACAAAUGUAGUAAUUCUCUGAUUUCCACACAUGGAGUAUGAAGUGACAGGACACAAAAAAAAAACUGUAUAAAAUUCAAAAAGCUAAUUUCACUUUCAAUUUGAAAUUGUAACGCUGCGUGCCUUUUCAUAUAUAGUGAUUUUUUUUGUACACAGCCUAUUGAAUCAAUGAAGUUUAGUAAAAGCAGUGUGACUGUACAUCACUCAGACCUCAAGACGAGUCAAGACAAAAGAAACUGUCAUGACAAGGGAAGAAAAACAUUUUGCGCUUUGAUUUGCCUACAAAGCAGCAAGAUCAGUUACCGUUAAUGUAAGAUAAUAUAAUACAGAGUAAAUGUUGUCAGAGCUGUUUAUUUCCCUCAUAUGAUUGCUGUUUCUGUCUCUGUAGACAUGUGAUAUGUCACAGUGUUCUGUUGAUGCAGAACUGAGAGUAUUUAUGUACGUUAUUUAUUAUGAUUUUUCAAAUGAACUAUUAACCAAA